AUGAAUGUAGGAGAGCUUCUCUUCAGUUACCAUCUGAUGCAGACAAGGAAGAAAGCAGUGAAUAUGGGCUGGGUAACUGGACCUACCUCUCUUCCCACUGCACAGUUUUGGGAUAGACUUCUCCCAGAAGUGAGUUUGAUUACGUGUUGGCUGCAGUUUCUCAGUAAGACUAUUGAGGGGAGGUUUUCCUUUGAAGAAUUUUCAUCCCAGGCUGAGCUGUCUUUUUACUUGGGUGAACUAAAUCCUGCCACCAACCAUAACACUUCACCAAGAAGUUCAGCUUUCAAGAUGCCUUGUUGCUUCAGAGAAGGGUAUGAUGUCAGUCCUGUUGUGACAUUCUCCCUUUAG